AUGGCAGUACAAAAUAAGGUAUUGUACGCGUUUCGCGGUUGGAUAGCAUUCGUUGCCUUCAUGGAUUUAGGCACUGCCGGCCGUUCUUAUAUUGAGAAGAGGUCUUUUUUAAGUCACAAUGGUGAAAAUGAUGCAUUAGAUGACACAAUAUCGAGAAUGCUUGGAAUGUUUUCUGUGUUAAAGGCCUUGGCACUCAUCCACUGUACCCUGUACAUACAUUAUCGGCCGGUGGUCUCUAUGGGCUACUGGUCUUUGGUACUCACAAUCAUACUCUACUUCUCCGAGGCGUUCUACUUUCACUCGACCACUCUAAACUUUUAUGUUGUAUUUCCCUGCGUGCUAAAUAUAAUCACACUCCUCGGCUUGAUCUACCUACCAACGAAACUCAAACUGUGGGGUACUGUGCCGGGUACAUCCGGCAUGGAGAGAGAGAUCGACGACGAAAACGUCCAGAUCCUGCGGCAAAUGGGCAAUUUUAGGCGACGCAAAGCGGGUAACCCUAUCAAGAACAAACAUGUGUGA